AAAUGUCCGCUCUUCCGUUUUUCGAUCCCACUAGACCACCUCCUACGAUUGAGCUACUCUGUAAUCAAAAUAUAGCACAAGAGUAUAACGGCACAAAAGUCCAACCUUCAAACGCGCAUCAAAACAACCUUGCACCUGCAUCAAUCACUAGCUUGCGAACCGAAUUGGUUGAUUUAAUAGAAAAAGUUGAAAAGUUGAAGACAAAUAAGGAAUGGCUUGAAAAGGAAACAGAGUCGCAGUCGGAUAAUGAAUGGAAAAUCAACUUCGAACAGGCUAAGCUUUUGAAACAGAACAUUGAUGACACAUUGUUGAAUUUAAUGGAUUCCGAUCGACUCAAGUUGGUCCAAAAGAAGCUGCAUUUACGACGAAAAAAACGUGAUUGGAUAAUGCGCAGAAAAAGCAGAAUGAAGCAAGAGAAAGACAAAGCUAUUCAAAAUCGUAAGAAGUUGGAUGAUCAAAUAGACCAAUGGCAAAAGGAGCAGCGGAAACAACUAGAUAAGGAGAAGCAAGCCCAACAAGAGUUGGAUUUUGCAAGUAAAUUCCUAGCCGAUGUGCAUCGCCGAAAGGCUGCUUGCAAACGGUAUCUCGCAAAGUUCGACAAAAUGAAGAACAGAAACAAGCUGGACAAAGACUUGCAAACCGAGAUAGAUGAUUUGACUCGAACAUGGACGACAAACUUAUGUGAUUGCAUUAAAGAAGAGAAACGUUUGAAGGAUGUGUUGGCUCGCAAGUCUGCGGCUAACUAUCAACGAAGAGUGGAAAAUGAGUGGAACAAAACUUUGUUCGGUGACGCCAUUCCGAAAAAGUUCGAACAUCCUUUGCUCGGGGCGGACAGAGAUCGGGAGGUGCUGAUUGGUGUUCGCCAUGAAUGGGAUGUUUGUUUGGUAGACCACCAUGAUGAAGAAGGCAGUUCUAUUCCUUUGGGAUGGGUUUUACCCCCUGAAAACCCUACGUCGGAUUGGUCUAAGUAUCAGAUGAUGGAAUUAAUUUGAGUGAAAAUAUUGAACAUUGUAGCAUUUAUGAGCAUAUAAAAUAAAUUAUAACGAAUACAUGAA